AUGGGCGUCACUUUCAAUCCCGCCAAAGACAUUGGCAGCUUAGAUGGCAAGGUCAUACUCGCCACUGGAGGUAACGCUGGCCUAGGCAAGCAAACCAUAACCUACCUUGCCGCGCACAAUCCCUCACGUAUAUACCUCGCCGCCCGCACCGCCUCAAAAGCUUCCACAGCUAUAGGCGAUAUCAAAUCUGCGGUACCCAGUGCCUGCGAGAUCGUCCACCUCCCCCUGGAUCUCACAUCCUUUUCCUCCAUCGCCGAAGCCGCAGCGACAUUUCACCGCUCCGAGACACGUCUCGAUAUUCUCAUUAAUAAUGCAGGCAUAAUGGCGUGUCCCUACAGCACCACAAAAGAAGGCUACGAAGUCCAGUUCGGAACGAACCACAUGGGCCACGCCCUGCUCACCAGACUUCUCCUCCCGACUCUACUCAAGACCGCCGAGACGCACGGAGAUGCGAGGAUCGUCACGUUGAGCAGCGCAGGUCAUGCCAUCGGUGUCCCCGGCGGCCUAAUCUUUGACCAGCAGAAGCUCGAGCAGCAGAGCACGUGGAAGCGCUACGGGCAGUCGAAAUUGUGCAACCUGCUAUUCGCGCGCGAACUAGCGGAGCGGUAUCCCCAAAUCAUGUCCGUCUCUAUCCACCCUGGUAUCAUCUUCACCGAUCUCUUCCAAUCUCUGCGUCCCAAUGUUUUCCUAAAAGCUGGUUUGUGGAUAUACGGAUUGUUCUUCUUUCUGAUCCCUGGGCAUUUCAAGACAACGGAGGGCGGCGCAAUGAAUCAGACAUGGGCCGCAACGGCGAAGAAGGAGGAGCUGGUGAAUGGCGCAUAUUAUAGGCCGGUGGGGGUGAAGAGCGAGGGGAGUAGGGCGGCCAGGGAUAAGGGGCUGCAGAAGAAGCUCUGGGAGUAUACCGAGGCGGAGCUGGGGAGGCAUGGUUUUGAGGGCUGA